AUGGGAAUUAGAGGGGAUUAUCUCAUGGAGAUUUCAAUUGGCACACCACCUGUCAUGCAAUGGGCAAUUCUUGACAUUGCUAGCGACAUCGUGUGGACUCAAUGCCUGAAAUGUGUCAAAUGUUUCAAACAGACUCAACCCAAAUUUAAUCCGAUAAAAUCAUCGUCUUAUCAACCAAUUCGAUGUGGUGCAAAGACAUGCAAACAAUUGGGCAAUGAUAUUAAUUGUAUUGGUUCAUCGAGCAAUUGCAAAUAUCGAUUAGAAUACCGAGACGACUCAUACAGCUUCGGAGAACUGGCCACGGAAACUUUUAAAUUGGGAAACACUUACCUCCCAGGAAUGGUUUAUGUGUGCUCAAAUUACAACGUUGGCUUGUUCGAAAAAACCAAUGCUGGCAUUGUAGGGCUUGGAAAUGGGCCACACUCAUUAAUUAGUCGGCUCAACCCUAGCAUCGGUGGUAAAUUCUCGUACUGCCUAACCGAUCCUUCUAAAGGAAAUGCAAGAAGCAAGAUAAACUUCGGAAAUAACGCAAAUGUGUCUAGCUCUAGCAGGGGUUCAAUCUCCACCCCGUUGGUCUUAAUGGAAACUCCAGACUUUUAUUACAUCACAUUGGAAGCUAUCAGCAUCAAAAAUAUGAGAUUUCCCUUCACUGGAGUAACUAAAAUAUUAUCAUUGAAAGGUAACAAGUUUAGUGCUCACAAGGGUAAUGUCAUGAUAGACACGGGCACAACACUAACCUAUUUGCAUGAUGAUAUGUACUAUGAAUUGGAAAAAGAACUAAUAAGCAGUAUUCAAGAUAGGUCAAUUCCUUCACAAAGCAAUCUAAAACUUUGUUAUAAGAACAGGAAGAACUUUCAAUUUCCGACGAUCAUUUUCCAUUUUUCGAAAGGUGCUAACUUGGCUUUGCAGAUGAAAAAUACUAUCAUUCAAGAUAGAGGCCAAUCGUGUCUUGCGAUACUCCCAACUAAUGAUACUCUAGCUAUACUGGGUAACAUAUUACAAAUGGACCACAUGAUUGGAUUUGAUCUUAUGAGACGAAAAGUUUCUUUUCGGCUAAAUUAUUGCUAA